AUGAAGAAACAAUUCUUGAACUAUUACGAGAUACUUUCACAGGUAUGGUUCAACAAGUAUACAAUAAUAUUAGUCCUUAUGACUAUCAAAAUAUAUCUAUUUACGAACUCAAUCCUAUCAAAUUUGACAAAUUUCAAAGCCUACACAGAAUCAAUAUGUACUUCGCUUGAUACAUAUUCUACGGUAAUAGCCUCAUUGCCAGAGCAGCUAUCCAAGGUUAUUAACCAUAUGGUUGCGUCCACUUUAAAUAGCAUGAAAAUGCAAUCAUUGAAGAUGCUAAUGACAAUAAUAACUAUCAUAAAGCUGUUAAUUGUGUUUUACAUAGAUAUAUUCUUGGGGACAUAUAUUUGUAUCUUGACAGCUGCGAUUGGUGGGACCGUCGAUUUUGCAUUAGAUUCUACUCAGCUGGUUCUUAAAUCGGUAAACGAAACUAUUAUUUCAGUAAGCGAAGACAUACAAGAUGGAUUGAAUGGACUCCUGAAAGUUAUUAAUACGUUGCUCUCUGGAGUUGAUAAAGUAAAAUCCUUCUUUACAAAUCAAGACACAGAUUCUACUGAAUACGUGGAUAAAGUUAAUCUAUCUAUAAAAGCAUUGCAAAAUAUAAAAAUUCCCAAUUCAGUACUUACAGACAUCGAUAAUUUUAAAGACAAAGUACCAGAUUUCAACGAAUUACAAAAUACAUCGAAGCUUGUAAGUAAACCUUUUGAAAUAAUAACUCAGGAGCUUAAUGAACUGGCUCACUUUAAAAACAUCACGGUGGACCAAUUGAAGUUAGCAAGCACUCCACCUGUUAAUUUUUGUUCAAACUCGUUAGAUAUAGACAAGUUCUAUUCUAACUUAGCCAAAAAGGUCCAGUUCACCUCAAAUAUAAUUAUAAUUGUUUUACUUAUCAUGGCAAUGUUUGCUAUUGCCUCGUUAGUUGUUGUUGAAUAUUUCAAAUGGAGAAAAUCCCAAAGAAUGAUAAAUGAAAUACUUGCAGAUAAGAAUCAAGAAUCAUAUUUUGUUCUGACAAGGAACAUAAUGAAUAAAUAUAAUAGCAGCUUAAUUUAUUAUAUUGAAAAAUUUGUCACUAUACCGCCUUCUAGAAAAGAUAAUCUAUACUGGUUACUAUCUUAUAUUACAACGCCCUACUCGUUAACGGUGCUCAUUAUUGGUCUUGCUGGUUUAUUUACAGUGAUGCUACAAUUCAUUAUCCUCCAAAUCAUCUUGAAAAGCUUUAAAAGCCUAACAACAGAAUUGACCGGGUUUAAGACUCAAAUUAUUACUUUAAUGGAUAACGCAACCUCUAGUUACAUAAAGGAGACAAAUAGUUAUAUUGGAUCACAACAGAAACUGAUAAAUGAUGAAUUGUUUGGUAAUAUAAGGACUGCAUCAACGUCGGUAAACUCAACUAUAAAUGAUUUCCUAAUGAAAAUGAAUACUACUAUUAACUCAGUAUUUGCUAAUACACCAUUUAGUAAGCCGGUUAAUACAUUAGUAUAUUGUACUAUUGGGAGAAAACUCAUUAAGAUUGAACAAGGAUUAACAUGGAUAGUUGAAAAUUUGUCAGUAUCUCUACCACAGUUACCCAAAAACUUAACCGAAGACUUUAUGACUAACUAUUCCAAAGAUAAUCACGGCAUUCAUAAGCUCACCGAUAACGUCACGAGCGGCAUUACCUUCUUACUCGAUACAUAUAAGAAGAGUUUGCUUAUUGAAUUGUAUAUAUCCUCUGCUAUACUAGGAAUCUGGAUUUUGCAAAUAAUUAUAGGACUCACAUUAAUAUGGUAUAGAAGCUCCUCAAACUGCAAAGCACGCAAACCUGAAAAGAUACAAGGGGAACCAACGAUCGGAAACCCUAAACCCUUGACAACAGAACAAAGAAAGGAAUAUGGUUAUCCUCAUAUAGAUCCCUUUAAUGAAAAGGUUGACGCGAGUUCAAGUAUAUAUUCGUUGUAA